GCAUUCCCACAACCAGACGCACUAAAGCUAGAUUCGGAUCAGAAUGAAACGUCAGGUAUUACUAUGUGUGUCACUUUUGUACGUGGUUUGUCUUGAGGCAGCCAUGAAGACCAAAGAUUUACCGAUGAAGAGAUGUAGCGGAAGAUGGCUGUGGGUUUGGUGUAGAAGAGGCGGUGUAGGAAAAUCCGACGGAACAUUGCCAUGUAAUCUCAACGUAUUUGACGCCAACAGCGAUGGCGUCAUAACGCUAGAGGAAUUUCAGAAACAUGUGACCCCAAAAUCAAGGUCAUAUAGCGAGACCAUUUUCUACAAAAUCGAUGCUAAUGCUGAUGGUGGCAUAACAGAAGCUGAAUUUACAGACAGCCUGCCAACACUGAGAGCUCAUAACGUAGCCAACUGUUAAUCAAAUCAGGAAAUAAUGCCAUUGGUAGAAGAGACAACUGCAAGUGUACACAACUUUAAAAUAAACUUUCUAAGCAAAGCAGUUUUGAC